AAAAAGCUCAGUGGUUUCACGAGAAAGUUGCGCAACAGAACCCAUCUUCACGUGACCUCACCUCACCUCACCUCACUCUCUUUCUUUGAUUCAAAAUCACUCAAUCUUACUAUUUUCCUUCCAAUCGGAUCCACCAUGAGGGACAAGGACAAAGAAAAAGAGAUAGAGAAGAAGAAGUACCCUAUCGGCGCCGAGCAUUACCUUCUCUACGAGGAGAUUGGCCAAGGCGUAAGCGCUUCCGUGCACCGGGCGCUAUGCGUUCCCUUCAACGAGGUCGUCGCCAUCAAAAUCCUCGACUUCGAACGUGACAAUCGCGAUCUCAACAACGUUUCUCGUGAGACCCAGACCAUGAUCCUCGUCGAUCACCCUAACGUCCUCAAAUCGCACUGCUCCUUCGUCGCCGAGCACAAUCUUUGGGUGGUUAUGCCGUUCAUGGCCGGCGGUUCAUGCCUCCACAUAUUGAAAGUCGCGCAUCCCGAUGGUUUUGAAGAGGUUGUCAUUGCAACCAUUCUCAAAGAGGUAUUGAAGGGUUUGGAGUAUCUUCACCAUCACGGACACAUCCACUGUGACGUCAAAGCCGGUAACAUUCUCAUUGAUUCGCGCGGCACCGUUAAACUCGACGAUUUCGGUGUUUCUGCCUGCCUAUUAGAUUCCGUCGACCUUGGUCGGCAUUUCAAUGAUCAAUCCCUUGGUGUGAAGAGCACUUUAAGGUCGACAUUUGAACGACCCGAACCUUGGUGUGAAGAGCACUUUAAGGUCGGCAUUUCAAUGACCCAAACCUUGGUGUGA